CUCCGGUCGCUGGCGUCGCUAUCCAGGUCGCAAACUCGACCCGCACGCGUCUUCCUCGGAUUUGCGUUACACGGUCGUCAUGACGGCGACGAGCGCCUCCAGCCUGUGGCUGACCUGAGGCGAACCCUGACGGGGAUUCCGGCUGCAGGCGAGGUGAUCAGAUGAAGGAGAGGAAGAAGAAGGAGAGAGAAGAAGAAGAAGAAGAAGAAGGUCCUCCACGGAAUCGCGAGACCCGAAGAGAUGUUGGUACCGCAGGACAUGAUGGCGGCCCAGUCGAAGAUGCUCUACCAGAUAAACAAGUACUACGGUGAACGGGUGCAGGCGCGAAUGGUCCAGAUCCAAAAGACCAUUCGAGAGGUGUGCAAGGUGGUGCAGGACGUGCUGAAGGAGGUCGAGGUCCAGGAGCCACGGUUCAUCUCCUCCUUGACGGAGUGCAACGGGCGGUACGAAGGGCUGGAGGUUGUCUCGCCGGGGGAGUUCGAGGUCGUUCUGUACCUGAAUCAGAUGGGGGUCUUCAACUUCGUCGACGACGGUACUUUGCCGGGGUGCGCGGUCCUGAAGCUCAGCGACGGCCGAAAGCGUUCGAUGUCGCUCUGGGUCGAGUUCAUCACGGCCUCCGGCUAUCUGUCGGCCCGAAAAAUUCGCUCGCGAUUUCAGACCCUCGUAGCUCAGGCCUGCGACAAGUGCGCCUACAGGGACUCGGUGAAGAUGAUCGCCGACACGACCGAGGUCAAGCUCAGGAUCCGGGAACGAUACGUCGUGCAGAUCACGCCGGCCUUCAAGUGCUCCGGCGUCUGGCCGCGGUCGGCGUCGCACUGGCCGAUUCCCCACAUUCCCUGGCCUCAUCCCAGCCACGUGGCCGAGGUCAAGACCGAGGGCUUCGACCUGCUGUCGAAGGAGAGCGUCGCCAUGCAGGGAAAGCAGUCCGCGAUGGAAGGCGACGCCUGGGUGUUGUCCUUCACCGAGGCGGAGACGCGGCUGUUGCAAGGCGGUUGCCGUCGGCGGUGCCUGAGCAUCCUCAAGACCCUCCGCGACCGGCACCUAGACCUGCCGGGCAACCCGGUGACCAGCUAUCACACGAAGACGCUGCUGUUGUACGAGUGUGAAAAACACCCCCUCGAAGCCGAGUGGGACGAGGCCUGCCUCGGCGACAGGAUAAACGGCAUUUUCUUGCAGCUGAUAUCCUGCCUGCAGUGUCGGAGAUGUCCGCACUACUUCCUUCCGAACCUCGAUCUAUUCAAGGGCAAGUCGCCCAGCGGACUGGAGAACGCUGCUAAGCAAGUGUGGCGACUUACUCGCGAACUUCUGACCAAUAGUCGGGCUCUCGAGCACCUCUAGUAGCGUCAACGAGUACAAUGAUUCAUAUGUAUAUAAACGUCAGUUCAACGUCAAUAUCGCAUGGAUUUCUGAGAUUACGCGUUCGUGCUUUCGGACGUGUAACGAAAUCGCUUCGUUAAAAUUUGCGCUUUGUGACGUGGGGCGUUCUUUACUAAUUUUAAUUUAUUCCGCCCGACGAGGAACUUCAUUCCCUGCGAUCUGGUUUAGAAGUGCCAGUUUUUAAUACCGUACUGUAACUAUUCUGCGUCAUCGUGUAGACACACCCUGCAAAAGCUAUGCUACAACUUGUUCGUGAAUCUUCGUACUAUACAAUAAAGCGUAAUGUGAUUUGUUAUCGAUUACUACCACUAUACCAUUUAUCCUUACUAUGAAGUUAUCACAUGUAUUAUUAACAGUUGAUCACGCAUUUCUAUGCCCAUUAACAUGCGGCCCUUAUAAAUCCUCAAAGAGAUUCUACGCUACCGCGUAUAUAUUGUUGACUGUAAAUAGUUUUUUUUCUAUAUUACUAAAUUUUAUAUUUGAAAGGAAAAGAAAAUUAUUUAUUUGUUAAAAUUAAACCUUUAUAUUUGCAAACAAUAAAAUUGUAUAUACGUACCGAGCAAUUAAGUAA